UGGGACAUUGCUGUAAUUGCCUUAAGUGUGGGAACAAGGCUGGUUUUUGUAAACAGUUUAGGGCCUUCAUCACCCCAAUGCAUGGCCAACUGCCUUGAUUAUUUCUGUUGUUUCAGUUGGAAAAGUUUCAGCAUAGCCUCAGAGAAUAUGUUUUCCUGGUAAGGACCACUGGCCUUCUGUAACUGUUAAGAAAUUAUGUAGACUGAUGCCUUGACCAUUGUUUUUUCCUCUUGAAUCAUUCAGGUAACUUGUGAAGGGAUUUGGCAUUACUUCACAGCAACAGAAUGUUUCUGUAUCAAGAUUCUGGUUUAUUGCCACUUCUGCAUUAAAAAGGACGACUAACAAAGUGUGUGUGACAAGGUCUGUUAUUACAGUUUAGCAGGAAAGGAAGAUCGCAUCACUUUGUUGGAGUGGGAUGUUUGUCCAUAUGAGACUGGGACUGAAUUAUCUUGAGAGCUUCCAGAUCCCACAGAACUGAUGAAGCAGUGCUAUGUAAACAGAAACAGGACCCGAGGAUGAUGUGAAAGCAUUACUCUGUGAGUUUAUGGCUUAAAGUGCUAUGCGCCCAGCCACGCAAGGAUUUUUGACUACGCCUGCGAUUAGAGACUCACUCCGAGAACUCGCGUGUUAAUAUUCACAAAAAAAGUCGUAAAUAGAUAUGUAGGAUUAUAAGCAGGUUUAAUAGCCACGACAAAUUGAAAUGCAGGCGAUUUCACCCGUGUGUUGUUCCGAGCGUGAGACGAGAGCGCGGCGGAGAGAAGAGGGAGGGAGAAAGAGAGAAAGAACAGCCCCUGAUUCCACUCGUGCAUUUUUAACGGCGUUGUGGAACUUUGCGGGUUGUCGCUAUGACUCCUGGGCUAUACCGUUACAUCCCUCACAGCCUGCACGCAGCAGCUCCGCAAAACUCACCCAGACCCGGCCCUCUUUUACCGAAGGACAAGGAGAAGGCACAGUAGUUACAGGUAGUUCCAACCGCAUAACUUCAUCGUCAGGCUUCACAUUUCUACCACGCAAGAGUAAAUAAACGCAUGGACCUGCCUGCAUUCAGUAGUUUCUGAAAUGACGCUGAACACGCAGAGAGAGGGUAGAGAGGUGGUGAGGAGAAGGGCCAGUACUCCCAUCCCCUCCUCUCGGCAUGGAGUAAUACACAGAGAACCUCAGCAUCCUCCACUCGCCCAGUCCGCCUCCUACCAGGCUGGAGACACGAAACUCCACCUGCGAACUCACUGGUCCUCCGACUCAGAGGAGUCCGACAGCUCAGGCUACGAGUGUCUCUACCGGGUCAUCCUACUGGGUGAUCACGGAGUCGGCAAGUCCAGCCUGGCCAGCAUCUUUGCUGGAAUACAAGAAAAAGAUGCCCACAGCUGCAUAGGCGAGGACAUGUACGAAAGAACACUGACAGUGGAUGGAGAAGAAACCACCCUCAUAGUAAUGGACACAUGGGAAGCAGAAAAGCAGGAAGAGGACGAGAAGUGGGUGCAGGACUACUGCAUGCAGGUUGGGAAUGCGUAUGUCAUAGUUUACUCCAUCACUGACCGCAGCAGCUUUGAGAGUGCAUCAGAGCUGCGCAUCCAGCUGCGACGCAUCCGUCAGGCCGAGAAUAUUCCCAUCAUUCUUGUGGGCAACAAGAGUGACCUGGUUCGCUGUCGAGAGGUAGCAGUGGAAGAGGGUCGGGCAUGUGCUGUCGUUUUUGACUGCAAAUUCAUUGAGACAUCAGCAUCAUUGAACCACAAUGUGCAAGAGCUGUUUGAAGGCAUCGUGAGGCAGAUCCGUCUGCGACGGGACAGCAAAGAGACCAACGAGCACCGGCGCUCCAUUUACAAGCGCAAGGAGAGCAUCACCAAAAAGGCCCGCCGCUUCCUCGACAGACUGGUGGCCAAGAACAACAAAAAAAUGGCCCUGAAAGUGCGCUCCAAAUCCUGCCAUGACCUGGCGGUGUUGUGAGCUCUUUUCUUAAUUUCAGAAAGCUUUGAAAACCAUCAGGCAUCUGUUUUUAUGAGGGAAUUUUUGUCAUUAUUUAUUAUUUAUUUAGCUUCAGUUUUGAAGAGGGUGGAUUUAAUGGAUGACACUUUUGAGAAUCCUAUUCAGCAAAUAGAUCAGAAAAAAUUAUGUUGGGAUGAGGAGCCAUAAAGCAAUUGUAUUGAAUCACACAAUUGUAUCAGAUAUUAAGUAGACUUUGUCUUUGUCUGUGUUUGCCUUAUUGGAAUACAUCUACAGACCAAAAAAAUUAAAGAAAAAUAAAAAAUAACAAAGCAUGUGAGCAAGGUGUUAGGCCACCAUGAGCAACCAGCACAGCUUCAGUGCAUCUUUGCACUCAGUGUAUCUUUGCAAGUUUCUGGAAUUGUCCGGGAGAAUGAACACCAUUCUUCCAAAAGAUAUUCCAUCAUUUAGUGUUUUAAUGAGUCCUCAUGCCCUGUGGAUGAGGGCAUUGUCAUCCUGAAAGAGACCAAACCCAUCAGGAUAUAAAUAGUUUUCCUAUAAGGGAACAAGUGGACCCAAAACCAUACCAUUCACACAGAAUAAAAAAACUACCAUUCUUUCCCCUUUUAAUUGAUCAACCAUCUAUAACUUAAGGUAUAUAGCUAUAGUCAUACUAUUUAAAAAAAAUGAUCAGUUGUCAUUUAGAUCAUUUGUAUAAAUGAUCAGUUAUUAUAGGAAAAGCACUGUAUAAAAAGGUACUACAGGUGAUAGUACAGGUGAAACCACAGUGUUUCAUGGAAAGGUAUGCACUAUAUACUCCAUUUCACUGAACUGUACAAGCUGGCUGGAUCAAAAAAUAUGCAAAAAAGGCUACCUAACUGAGGCUGUUAAAAGGGUAAGCAUGUUGAUCAUCAUCUAUAUAUACUGUCAAUAUUUUAUGCAAACCUGCCUUUUAAACUCUGUGUGUGUAUUUUAGGUGAAGAUACUAUGCAACUAUCCUCAGUCUCAAAUGGCUCUGCUUAGUUUGCAGAUAUGCAUCAAAAGAAAGAGUCAAAAAGAGUUGUUUCACUCAUUAGGUAAAAGGCAAUGCUCUAUAUUUGUUCUUACAAUUUUCUGUCUAGUUUUUUUGGAACCUGAUUAAAAAACAUUUUGUACAAAGAAACAUUGACUUGCAUAUGUAUUUCUGUAUUUGUAAAAUAAAAUAAUUGUCAGUUAUACUAAUUAAAAAAAAAAAACAAUUAAUUUUUUAGACA